ACCUUACCUUACCUUACCUUACCUCCCUGUCUAAGGUAGGUAGGUAUCUGAUGACGGCUUUAAACCUGCGUGUGAUGUAACAGCUCAAGCUCAAGCUUCAUCAUGGCCGGCCUCAAUGACGUGCCCUUCAUCAAGGGUCUUGCCGUGCCCUCUGUAUGUGCUCUGAUCACAUUUCUUGGCUAUUUCUCUCAGUUUCUCUUCCACUACUCGACGUCUCUCGAACCAGGUCCUCCCUCGCGCCGCGAAACCAUCAUCUUCAACACCCUCCUCCUCACACUAUGGUUGACGUACUACCGAGCCGUAACCGUCGACCCGGGCCGAUAUAUAUUUAAGGACCGUGUCAUUGACGCUGAUGGGCAGCGAUGGUGUAACAAAUGUGCGGCGCCGAAACCACCUCGGGCGCAUCAUUGUCGCCACUGCGCGAGAUGUGUUCCCAAGAUGGAUCAUCAUUGUCCUUGGACUAGAAACUGUGUAUCAAUGACUACCUUUCCACACUUUCUACGCUUCUUGGUAUAUGCAAACAUAUCACUCUGGAUGCUUGGCUACUUCCUCUGGCAACGCUUCUCCAAGAUCUGGGAACAUCGAAACCUCCCUGCAUACCUAGGGCCUAGCUUAUCUGGACUAACCGGAUUAUCGCUGAUUGCAAUCGUCAACUUCUUUACCACUGUCGCUUUGGGUAUCAUGCUCAUCAACACUGUUAGGUCAUGGAUAUUCAACCAGACUAUGAUAGAAGGAUGGGAGCAAGAGCGCCAUGAAGCUCUCAUGGAUAAGGGACCUAAGGAUUGGUGGGACAUUACAGGCCCCGAUGGCGAGAAAGUGCGCUUCGAAAGACUUGAGUUCCCCUACGAUAUCGGUUUCUUUGGCAAUAUGGCCCAAGCAAUGGGAACCCGCAACAUACUCAUGUGGUUCUUCCCCCUCGGAAGGAAUCCCACCAUUGCUAAGGAUGGCACUGGCUCAGGCUGGGAAUGGGAAGAGAAUGGUUUCAACCGCGUCGAAGGACUUUGGCCUCCUCCCGAUCCCGACAAGAUCCGCCGAGCUGCAAGAGGUUGGCCUGCCGCAAAUCGUGACUACGCUGAGGAGCUUCGCCAGGCGAGCAUGAGCUCCAGCGAGUUCAAGGCUGAGUUUCUCAAGCGAAAGGCCGACGAUGAGAAACGCAAGAGACAUCUCAUGGCGGAACUUGAAGAGGUUGAUGACUAUGAUAUGUAUGACGAUGAAGAGUAUGACCGUGAAUUCGAUCAAGAUCUUGGAUGGGUGAACUCGGAUGGCGAUAGACUGCGAGAUUAUGGUGUUGAUGAGGAAGAGUCAGAAGCGGAGGCAGCAGACGAAGAUGUGCCCCUAGCCGAGCUCAUGAGAAGACGAAAAGUGCUCCAGCGAGAUAUUUCAGACGAUUAGAUGACAUGACAUGUAUAAUAGAGCAUUAAAGUUCAAAGUCAAAGUAUUUAACCCCUUCUAAAAAUCUGUAAUCUUCUUGCAAU